CGAAGUCGAGGGAAGAGAAUCAGUGACUCAGUAUCACCCUGACCAGUCUAGUGUGUAGGUUGGUGCUGGAACAUUCAUCGUUAAUACCUCACAUUUACUUGACAGAUAAAAAGAGAUGAUCUUCAACUGUGAGAGAAGUGUUUCAAUCUGUCUGGGCAACUAUUAAUGUGUUUUCGUAAUGCAAAUGGAAAUGAUGAACAAAUAUCAAACGUGUAUAGUCCAUGACUGCUAUGUUUUGGAUACUGUACCUGUCAAAUUUUCUGUGUAUGAUAAGUACUCUUACUCUUGUGCUGCAUGCUGAGAGUUUAUCACACAUACUAACCUGCUGUGAGUGGCGCAGGAGUGUUCGGCUAAGUUGGGAAACGAGACAGUUAAAACCAAUCCACCUGUACCGUAUAAGAAUGUAGAUAAAACUUUACUUAGUCUUUGGUGAGUGAAUGCUGUUUUCAUAUCGACUGGAAGGACGGUUCGAUAUUUCAAUGCCGAGAACUCAGUUUUUAUAGUUGUAGGGACUGACUUGUUGACAGUUGGUGCUUGUACAGUGUUAUAUAUAUUGUAAGAACAUACCAUUAUAAAUCCUCCCACGAGCCGGUAGGCAUCGUGGGCAUAACCAAGAUUCACUCCACGAAACUACUUGAAAAUAUUGCUCGUUGAUUGUGCCCCACGUAGUUAACCCAUUGACCUUGUGGAGAUGGGUCAGGCAGCCCUAAAACCCUCCCGAGCUGCAGUGCUGGGACAGGUGGACGUGGGUCUGGAGGCAUUGUUCAUGCUUGAGUCUAGGGAGGAACAUAGCACUGUUGUCGUCAAGAUGGUGCCUACCUCCCUUCCACUCCCGAGGAAGAUUAAACACCACCAAGGCCGGAGGAUCUGUAGGACGCACAGUAUAAGAGAAGCGGAAGAGACGGCUGAGGAGGAGGAGGAGGACCAGUCACUGGGAGAAGUCUCUCUGAGCGUGACCUCUGGCUACGGCGGAUUACAGUGUCGAGACAUGGCAGAGGACCAUCUGGCUGAUGUGUACUACUCGGCUUUUCAUUUGCACCUGUCACGUGAGGCUCUGCUUUCGGAGGCCUUCAAGAUCUCAGCAACAACAGAUGAAGGAGUUAAUGCUAACCCACAAGCUAACAGUAGUGACACUACACGCAUCACCAGGGAGGAACUUCUUAGGACUCUCAGGGAUAUCUUUGGUGUAAAUGAAGCCAUGGUGAAACUUGUCGACGAGGAAGUCCAGGCCAGGGAGCCUCCACGUAUGACACUGCACAUCAACAUCCACGAAGCCAAGGAGCUCAGACCCAAAACGCCCAAAGAAACAAGCCACCCAUACUGCUUCGUGCGAGUGUCAGGCUGCAGUGAGACUUUCAAAACCAGAGUCCUGAACAAUGAUCUCUCACCAUCCUGGGAGUCACAGUUCUCCACCGGAAUUCCAGCACUCCGUGAUGCAAAGCUUAUGGUGGAAGUCUGGCAUGAGCCACAAGAGGCUGGAGUGGAACAGCUGAAGGGAAUGAGAGACAUUCGGGAGUUUAGUCGCUUGGUUCGGGAUGCUGCAGCCAAUAUCCAAAUGAAUGAAAUGAGAAACUUGUUGGGUACGGUGACAGUGCCUCUAUCAGAAAUGAAAGACCAAAGUUUAACAGGGUGGUAUAACUUGGUCAAGAGUAAAGAAGAGGAGAUCAGUCUAAUAUCACAGAGAGAAAGUUUUCGGGCUAAUAAGAAGCGGGGAAGUUUACGUCUAAGCCUCAAACUCUCCACUGUAUCUCAGCUGAAUCUCAUAGGACCACAUUGGUUUGAUGCUUUCCUUAAAAAAGUGGUUCUGUACUAUCUUGAGUACCGGAGCAGCUAUGGCAGUGUAAAACGAGGUGGCAAAAGAUGGAGAGAUAGGAGUAUACACAGCACUGGAAGUGCUAAUAUUACAAGCAUUAGUACCAGCAGUACUAAAGAUUGCAACGUCGGCAGUGGCAACAGUAGCAGUGGGAGCAGCUUUGAAAAUGAGACAUUUUUGAGCUUGGCAACACCAUGGAAUGGUUCACUUAGCAAUACCAUUCAGGUUCUGUUGGACCACUAUGCUGCUACUCUCAAUCUUACGCCACCCUUUAUUACACUGUCAUGGUGGAAGAUUACAUCCGAGUUUUUCAUCACUGAACAAUCUUUCCUUGGUCAGUUGUUGAAGACCAUUCAGGGUUACAUGGCAGAGGAGAAGUACUCAGAAGAGGAGAUUCAGGAAAUAAGAAGCUCUUUGAGAAAGUGGACAUCAACUCAGUUUAAUAGACUAAGAAACUUAAUAACGUACUUCCCCGCAUCAAACAAAUUUGUGUCAUGUCCCCAACUUGAAGGCAUGUUGAGAAAUCUUCAUGCCAUUGAAGCCAAUCCUGAGACACGGCAACUCAAGGUUUUCCCUAAAGAUAUAUCUGUUAAUGAACAGGUGUCAGAGGCACUCACAGACUACUUGAAAAUUUGGUGGGAAUCCUCUCUUAAGAACCGUAGAAGGAACUCACCAACGGCAACUGAGGACCAACAACUGGUUGCUGCUGUUGGCGUUACAGGCGAGGUCUACACUUUCCUCUCAGAUGUCUGCAAGUUUUAUCAUGAUGUAUUUUCAAGGGAAGCAAAAAUAUCAUAUCUGAGAUUAACAUACAUCUUUUUGACGUCUGAACUUGGAGCUCGAGUGAGACCUCUAUUGCUUAAAAUAUAUGACACGCCAUCUAAAGAGAAACACACUCAUGCCACAUCAAGUGUGAAACAUGAUGAAGCAGACCGACGAGCCUUAGAGGCUGGCACACCAGUAUGGCAGCUUUACAAGAAGUUUGACUCUAUUCAGAAGAUUGGUGAAAAUCUUCCCGAUGAAGUUCAGCUACAGACAGGCAUUAGAGGAUAUCACAAAUGGUUCCUGGGCGGUGUCAUCAGGUGGCAGGAAAGGAUGCUGGUUCGCACAAGAGCCCUUGUUACUAAAGAUGUUGAAAGAGAUGAAUUUGAAGUUGCUUACACGGUGACCAAUUCUGAGUUUACAAUAAGUUUGUCUGCAUGUGAGACCAAAUCUAACUUUACGAUUAUUAAUGAUUCAUGGCAAAGGUUAGCAUGGGCCGAUGAGGUAGGAGGAGAAAAAGUGGCAAAACGUCUGCUUCAGGAUCUCUGUGGGUUGGGCACCCUUUAUACCAAGCUGGUGAUGGCUAAGUUAGACUCAAGCCUUCGUGAAGAAACUGUACCAGACUCCAUGUUCCUCCCUACACAGACCUGUAUUGGACUUAACAACAUUGAGUACCUGCGACAAGAAAUUGAUGGUCUUCCAACGCUCCUUAAAUUAUCGAAUGAUGAUGAUAAAGAACAGUUUUCUGUUGUUAAGAAGACUUCAUCAAAGAUGGAGGGAUCAUUGUUGCUCUUCAUGGACAAUGUCAUAAAAAAAAUAAAACCAAUUUUAUCAAGAGCUGUAGUCGGUUCCUGUGAUACAGGUAAUGAGGCACAACUUCUUCAGGAAGUUCUUGAUGAUAGACUUUAUGUUCUGCUGAGGAGACUGGAUGACUCAAACUUCCAACGUUUCCUGCUGAAAAUUUGGAAAGCUUUAAUACUUAUCUUCUGUAGCAUUGUGGAAAGUAAUUCUAAUAAACGGAAUGCAGAGUACUUCAAAAACGUCUGCAAGGUCUUAGAGCGUACAUGGUACUUUUUCACCCCCACUGAUCGCAGAGGACUUGACCCCCAGGAAGCUCAUUGUACUGAGUACCAGUCACUUCAAAAAACUCUCUGCAAUUUGAAGAUGCCAACAGAAUCCCUCAUAGCAAAGUAUUACAAGGAAAGAUACGAAGAGUUGCAAAGAGCCCACUCCUCAUAUACAGCUGAACUGAUUGUACAGGCUUUCUUUAAAAGGACUGGCAAGCUCAUCGUAGAAGUUGUCAUGGCCAGAAAUAUUUGCAAACCUUCAGGAAAGCUUCCUGAUACAUUUGUCCAGAUCAAGUUAGUGCCGAGUGAGUGGUUCCCUAAUAUUUCCAGCCCCAAGACAAAAAAUCAAAAAAGAAGUGAUGCUCCAGUAUUUCAAGAAAAAUUUGAGUUUCCCAUUAGCCCAACUGAUCAUGGGGUGAAGUCUGGCCAUCUUCUAUUUAUCCUGAAGAAUCAUCAAAUUUUCCAAAGUGGGGAGGCAAUAGGUGAAACGGUUAUUCCCCUUGAUGGACUGCCUUCUGUGGAUACUUCAAUGGCCAGUCCUGUCCAAAAUAAGGUUCUCAACAUGAAUAUGCCAAAAGCUGGAGAUGAUUACACGUCCAUAAAAGCACUCCAGUUCAGGACACGGGACAAAAGAGCUGUCAAUUUUCUGCAGAAAAUACCGACCAGAUCAUGAAAGGAGAACCAGUAUACUAAACUGGUAAACUGCUCAUCAACCAAAGAUUGUGUUGGCACUGGAAACCAUUGGUUAUCCAGUUGUAGACCUGAGUGCAAUGCUCCAUGAACUUCCAUGAGUCACACAAGAAAUUGACAAUUAGGGCUGUGCUUCAUUGUUCUUCACGAUUGUGAAGAAUUAUGUAUUUUUGUGAUAUUAACAUUAUAUAUAUAUAUAUAUAUAUAUAU